AUGGCCAUCAACAGAGAAACGACAGUCCCCUUCCAUCUUAAGCUAUUCUAUCGCCAGAACAACUACCACGCUCUCACAGACUUCCCUAUCCCUACGCCUACCGGGCCCAACAGCACAAGCCAUCUUCCUCCACACCUCGAAAUAUACACAUGGCAAUCAUGCACGCUACGCGAGCUCUCGAAUCUACUGGCUAGCGCAUUGCCAUCGCAACUGCCCAACCCCCAGGCUGGCACAAGGCUAUGCUUCCGAUUGAUUUAUCCCGACACACGCGGCGCAGCGACCGAGGGACGAGGACGAUAUCUCUCCAAAGACAUAGGAAGCGUUAUCAUGGGGCAGUCGUCUCCGAUAGCACAGAACAACGGGAAUGAUGAACGCAUGAUGGACGGCGCAAGACGGCGAUUAGUUCAGAAGGACGUCUCUGGUUUAGACGAUGCAGACAAGACGCUGGCGGAUGCCCGAUUCGUAGUGGGCGAUUAUGUGGAUGUUGCGAUUUUGCCGCCGCUCGAUGAUGGCAGCGUUGCGCCGGCGGUGCAAGGGGGGAGAGGUCCUCCGGGGGGGCCUAUUGGUAGUGGCAUGAGGGCGUUUGGUCCGCCUCGCGACAACGGGGGUGGUAGACGAGGUCCUGGAGGAGCCGGGCGAGGACCACCCGGACAUGGGAUUCCAAGCGGGGAUUGGAAGAGGGGCGAGCGAGUUCCAGAAGAACGAGGCGGUGGAUGGGGCAGACGCCGAGGUCCAUACUAG